UUUAGUGAAAGUUCUCCGGAGAGCCGAUGGUGAUAAAGUCCCAUCUAUGGGAUUUAUAUAUGGAGAUAUGUUGGUGGCCUUAGAAGAGUUGAAAGUAGCCCUUGGAAAUGAUGAGAAAAAAUAUAUUCCCAUAUUGAAAAUGAUUAAGCCAAGAUUCAAUAAGAAGCUUUGUGGUUCACUACAUAAAGCGGGCUACUACUUGAAUCCAUAUUUCUAUUAUCCGGCUUACACGGAAAUUGAAAAAGAUGGAACUUUCAUGACAUCCCUUGUAGAUUGUAUGCAUAAAAUCUUCCCAAAUGACCAUGCGACUUUCACAAAGAUUGGAGCUCAAUUACCUAAUUAUCAAGAACGUCUAGGGUCAUUUGGAAAUGAAUAUGCGAAGCGAGGAGCUUCUAAGGGUGAUUGUCCAGGUAACUUUAUAAUAUUAAAUUAAUUCAUUAACCUUUAUUACAAAUUUAUAAGUUACUAAUUUUUUCAAAUAUGAAUUAACUAGUUACAUGGUGGAGGCUUUAUGGGAAUGAUACUCCCGAAUUGAGAAAGAUGGCAAUGAGGAUUUUGGCCUUGACAACUAGCUUUUCGGCAUGUGAAAGAAAUUAGAGCACAUUUGAGAUGAUUCAUACUAAGAAGAGAAAUAGAUUAUCUCACAAAAAGCUUCAUGACCUCGUCUUUGUCAAAUUCAAUGCAAAAUUGAAGAACAAACAUGCUGUCAUAGAUAGAGAUCCUUUGUGCGCCUAUGAUGAUGAGGAAAUGGUCUCUGAAUGGUUGAUGGAUUCAAACGGGGAUGAUAGCGAUGAUGAAGUAUUUCCGGGAGAAUGUUUGACUUUUAGACAAGUUGGUGACAUUUCAGGAGCUAAUCCAAGAAAGCGAAAAAGUGCACGAACGCAAACCUAUAAAAGAAAGAAAAUGUCGAUAUCAUCUUCUUCGAAGGGGAAGGAGCCGGUGGAGGAUGAUGAGGAAGAAGAUAUUGAGACAUCAUCAUCGGAGUCGAAUGAGGAGGAUAUUCUUACUCUUGAUUUUGAUGAGGAUUGAUUAUAGUCCUCUUAGUUUCAAUGUUAUUUUGGAAUUACUUUUGGAUAAUUGGAUGUUAAACAAUUAUGAGCUAUUUGUAACUUUGAAAACUUGGUUGUAUGCUUGCUUUG